UUCCGAAUGAACGAGCAAAUUACGGCAGCGGUCAGCUGAUUGAUUGAAAAUGAUACUGAAAACUGAAAAUUUAAAUCUGAAUUUAACUAUGUAGAUAAAUAUUCUCACGCGUUAUUAGUUAUGCGUGAAUUUGGUAGAUUUGGCCCUUUGAUAGGUGCCAUUGAUGAAGGCACAUCUAAUGUAAAGUUUUUGGUUUUUGCAGCAAACACAUCAGAAGUGUUGACAUAUCAUCAAAUAUUACUUAAGCGUUUUAGCCCCCGUGAAGGUUGGGUUGAACAAGAUGCCAAAGAAAUUAUAAAUGCAGUGCUAGAAUGUAUAGAGGUUACAGUAGACAACUUAAGAAAACUGGAUAUAAAUCCUGAGGAUUUAGUCGGAAUAGGUAUAACAAAUCAGAGGGAAACUACCAUUAUCUGGAAUUCAGUUACUGGAGAACCCUUAUACAGUGCCAUAGUUUGGUUAGAUGUAAGGACAUCAAGAAUAGUGGAUGAUUUGGUGAAGACUAAAGGAACACAAUGUGUGAAUGCAGUUGUUCAGUGCAGUGGGCUGCCACUGUCUACAUACUUCUCAUCAGUAAAACUUAAAUGGCUGUUACAAAAUGUAACAGCUGUAAAAGAAGCAGUUCGAUUAGGGGAAUGUAUGGCUGGGACAGUUGACUCUUGGCUCAUUUGGAAUCUAACAGGUGGUUGUCAUGGUGGAAUACAUGCUACAGAUGUGACUAAUGCAUCUAGAACACAACUCAUGUCUCUCAAAAGUUUGCAGUGGGAUGAAGGGCUGCUAAGAUUUUUUGAUAUACCCCAACAAAUACUGCCAAAAAUAAAAAGUUCUGCUGAAAUUUAUGGAUACAUUUCAAUUGGUUCAUUGCUUGGAGUACCUAUUGCUGGGUGCUUAGGAGAUCAACAGGCAGCUUUAGUUGGACAAGGAUGUAUGAAAUUUGGACAAGUAAAAUGUACAUUUGGUACUGGAUGUUUCUUACUGUACAAUACAGGGGAUUCAAUAGUGCAUUCCGAAAGUGGCUUGUUAACAACUGUGGCAUAUAAGCUUGGGCCGAAUGCUCCUCCCGUAUAUGCAUUAGAAGGAUCAGUUGCUAUAGCAGGUGACACCUUACAAUGGCUGAAAAAUGGUCUUGAAAUACUAAAUGACGUGAAUGAUUCCGAGAGCCAAGCUGCCGCCGUCAGUGAUGAUGACGAAGGAAGCAUUUGUUUUGUACCUGCAUUUAACGGCCUUUAUUCACCGUACUGGAGAAAGGACGCCAGAGGGGUGUUAUGCGGGUUGAGUGGUAGCACUCGGCGGGAGCACGUGGUGCGAGCAGCGCUGGAAGCCGUGUGCCAGCAAACGCGCGCCGUCGCCGUCGCCAUGGAGGCCAGCUGUGCCCCGCUGCGUCGCCUGCUGGCCGAUGGCGGCAUGUCGCAUAAUACCCUCCUUAUGCAGAUGAUGGCUGACCUACUCGGCAUACCAGUGAUCCGUCCGCUGAUGAUGGAGAGCACCUCACUAGGAGCAGCGAUCGUGGCCGGCCGCGCGCUUCGCGUGUGGCCCUCGACUACACCCAGUCCACCUGCAGACACUUUCAUACCUGCCCUCACUGCUGAAGAACGUGAAAUUCGUAGCGUCCGAUGGGAAGCAGCGCUCGCACGGAGUAUGGGCUGGGCUAACGAGAACAAUGACGCAGAAUGCAAAGCUAAAGAUGCUGAAGUUGAUACAACAACUAACGUCUUACCAUCUGGUCUAUUCUUUCUGGGAACUGCGUUGCUGGUAGUAAUAGCAGACAAAUUCAAACCAAUAUAAAAUCAUUUAGUUUACUUUUCCAAAAUUUUAGGGCUCAACUGUAUAGUCAUAGAAAAUACCUCCAAAAAUAAAUUAGUCUCGAAAAGUAUUAAUUAAUUU